AUGUCUGUCGAGCACGACGCUGUAGAACUCGAACUCACCGCAUCCACGUCCACGUCUGCGCCCACGCCGGACGCGCUGCGUGAAAACCUGAAAUCUCUCGCCGCCGGCGGGGUCGGCGGCGUUUGCGCCGUUCUCACGGGCCACCCGUUCGACCUGAUCAAAGUCCGGUGCCAGUCGCACCAGGCGUCCGGCACCUUCGACGCAAUCCGUCGCAUCCUCCACGAGGCCCGCGCUGCUCCGGGCUCCGCGCCCGCCGCGCUUAACGCCGUGCGCGGCUUUUACCGCGGCGUCAUACCGCCGCUGCUCGGCGUCACGCCCAUCUUUGCAGUGUCGUUUUGGGGUUACGACGUGGGGAAAAAACUCGUAACCUGGCGCGGCGGCACCUCCGACGUUUCGUCGCCGUCCGCCCUCGAGGCCACCGUCCCCGCAUCGGAACGCAAACUCACAACCGCACAAAUGGCAGCCGCCGGGUUUUUCUCGGCGAUCCCCACCACGUUGGUGACCGCGCCAACGGAGCGUGUCAAAGUGGUGUUGCAGACGACACGUGACGGGACCGUGGCGCGCGCCGCGCGCCAGAUCCUCGCAGACGGCGGGGUGCGGUCUUUUUUCAAGGGCUCCCUUGCAACGCUGGCGCGCGAUGGGCCCGGAAGUGCUCUCUACUUCGCGUCGUACGAAGUGUCCAAGGAGUGGUUGCAACGGGGACGCGCGGCUGAUGAGCUAAGUAUCGGUAGUGUUUGUAUCGCUGGGGGGAUCGCAGGGGUUUCCAUGUGGCUCGGUGUUUUCCCCAUCGAUACCAUCAAGACAAGGCUGCAGGCCGGGUCAGGGUCCGAGUCAAUGUUGGCGGCGACGCGGGCGAUCUACCGGGCGCGCGGCGUGGGCGGGUUUUUCCCUGGGCUGGGGCCUGCGCUGCUGCGCAGUUUCCCGGCCAACGCGGCGACGUUCCUGGGCGUGGAGCUGACGCACGCGGCGUUCCGCAAGUACGGCGUGUAG